AUGGAUCAACAUGAUGGUGGUGAGAGUUUCUGUCUGGGUGCAUGUAUUUGGUGGGCAAUCUGGAAGGCACGUAACAAUCUAGUUUUCGAGAAGACUCCCAUCAGUAUCCAAGGAAUUAUUAAUGAUGGUCUAUACAUGUUUAAUAGCUACAGCAAAGAAGUGGACGGAGAAAAUGAGUUGGUCACUCGUAACAUGGAAUUUAGUCAGAGUAAUCAUCACGCAACUGCUUGGCAAGCACCUCCUGCAAAUUUCAUUGAGAUUAAUGUCGACGCGGCGGUAGCUGAUGAUAAGGCUUUUCCAACUGCUAUUGCAAGGGACUCUAGUGGUACUAUCCUUGGUGCUGGUUCUAGAAUUGUCAAUACCACGAUCACCCUAGUUGCCGAAGCUCAUGGUUUCCUUCUUGCGUUUGAUCUUGCUCGGCGAACUGAAGCUCACAACAUCAUUGUCGAAGGGGACUGCCAGCAAGUCAUCUAUAUUCUCCAGAAGAAAAACAACUCCAUCCCCUGGAGAAUAGCUCACCUCAUUGAUGAAAUUAAAUCCAAGUCUUUGACUUUGGAUUCAGUAGAGUUUCUCUUUGUUCCAAAGAGAGUCAAUUACCUGGCUCACAAUCUUGCAGAUUAUGCUAACAGCAUAAUGUCCAUGCUUGGUGGACAUCUUCCCAACUCCCUCUCUAUAUUCAGGAGUAACCUUCUUGUUUCUGUGUUAUUGUAUUGCUGUUGA